AUGCCCGUGUUCGGGCUGGCGUGUGACAGCUCGGGGCUAAUGGGCAUCGCCUCGUGGGAGGCGCACAUGAAACCUAGCUUUCCCGCUGAUCCGGUGGUAGUGGCAUCGGCAGCACGGUCUUUGGGGAGGGGCUUCGAAGAUGGUAUCGUUACUUCACCAAGUUACUUCACCAAGCCUCCUCAGUCUUCGGCCCUCGUUCGUCGACAGGGUCAAGCACGGUUCACGGAACAGUGCCGGCCGCGCCAAGGGAAGCUUCUUUCGGCCUAA